AUGCUACUUUGUCACCUUGCCAACCCUGUUUUUUACCUAUCCUUAGAUUUUCUUCCUGUGCGUUGCUCUGGAUGUCAGAAAGUAUUUUGCAAGGAUCACUACAAAUUUGAAAGCCAUUCGUGCCCUGUUGGCAAUCCUAAUAACCGCCAAGUUCCUGUUUGUCCCCUUUGUGGCACUCCCGUUCCUAUAGGUCCCAACGAAUCUGCGGAUGUUAAAGUUGGUCAGCAUAUUGAUGAAUCCUGUCAGUCUCAACCGUCUCGUGCUCUCAAGGGAAAAAUAUUCAACAACGCCUGUUCAGUUCCGGGUUGCAAGAAGAAGGAACUCGUUCCUAUUAGAUGCAGUCGUUGCCAACUGAAUUACUGUCUCAAUCACAGAAACGAAAUGGAUCACAACUGCCAGGGCAGAAGGAUGUCCAAACGUAUGAAUUUUGCCGGAGCUGCUGCUGUGAGGCGAGCCGUUGCUAUGGUAUCUAUUGGAUUUAUUCAUUGUCAGCAAUCCAACUCCAAAACCGACAACAACAACAACAGCGCCACACUGAGCAAAGCUCAACAAGAACUGGAAGACAGGGAUUUGGCCCUAGCCCUCGCUUUGUCCCUGGAAACUGAAGAAAAUAGUCGAAGACAGCGUCAACAAUUCCCCCCUUCCUCUGAGAGUAGUUGCAAUGUCAGUUGA